CCUUACGCUGUGGUGAUCAAGUUGGUGACUCGGCCGCACUUAAUCGAGUAUCACAGCCCAUUGCCUUGGAUGAAAUUGUAGAGCAUUUGCACCGCCCAUUCAACGUAGCUUGACAGUGCUAAUCACUCGGUAGGGUAGUGACUUUGUGCGCACGGUUUUUAGCCAAUUACAGAGCCGGAUUACCAGCACCUGCAACCUAGCCCGUGUUUAUGUUAUGGGAUUCCCUUUUCCGAGAGGGGCACGUUUGCUAUAAAUAUGUGAGUAUCGAGCCGAGAGUCGAUGUGUUCUUUGGAAAUCUUCGUAAGUUGAGUUUGUUGGGAGCACUUAAGGAUCUCUCUCUGAAUGGAAGAGCACUAUACUCAGACAGUGAUGAAGAGACGAGCCACAAAGGCAUGAGAACAAUUCACGGUAUCACCUAGAUCAAUAACCUAAAGGAGUACGAUAUAACGUGCGUGACCAGAACGGACUGGUUCAGCUCCUGUUCGAUAUUCAGCCACGCUCACAUGGACUAAUCACCGCGUGCAUCGAUCCGCACAACCACAUCGCGUGCAAACUUUUCUGAAGUACAAAAGACAACGUCUGUUAUUCAACCGGAUACAAGACAGCGUGCGUCCUCCAUAACCAUCUUUUCCCUUCAAACAAACAAGACGAACUUUCAAGUAUCAUCCUUUCACAAAGAUGUCCAACUCCGGCAAGACGUUGCCGGGGCCUCGCGGACUGCCCAUCCUUGGGAAUAUCCUGGACCUGGGCGAAACUUUGCACGUCAGCCUUUACCAACUGGCCCAGAAGUACGGCGAUGUUUACCAGAUACGGAUAGGCAGCCGGCCGGUCGUGGUUCUCAAUGGCAUAGAGACCAUCAAGCAGGCUUUGGUCAAACAGUCCACAGACUUCGCCGGCCGGCCAGAUUUUAUUUCCUCGCAGGUCAUGAAAGAGAUCAAUGGCGCAAGUAUGACUUUCUCUGACUACAGCCCUGCCUGGAAAUUGCACCGCAAGAUUGCUGAGACGGCCCUGAGACAUUUUACCUCGGGCCAGCAGUCGAAGUCGGUGCAGGACAAAGUCCUGUUUGAAGUUCAGGAACUCAUCAGCACCUGGACGAAUAACAAUUCUGGUAGUACCGUCGUUGACCCAUCGAUUGUGCUCAAACUGUCUGUCAGUAACAUCAUGUGUUCCUACAUCUUCAGCAGACGGCACAAAUUAGAUGAUCCUAGGCUGACAGAAUUCUCAGCUAUGAGCGACGACUUUGGCGCCGCAGCCUCGAGCGGAAACACGAUGGACUUUAUGCCAUGGUUGAAGUAUCUACCAACCAAAACUAUGCAAAAUUUCCGACGACUUCUGCUGAAUUUUAAGGAUUGGUUCGGCGGGUACAUAAACCAGCAUCGCGAGGCCUAUCAGGAAGAUUCGGAGAAGGACAUCUUGGACUACCUGAUUACGGUGGGGAACAAAAUAGACGAGGAGGAGCUGGAGCAGCUGAAUUUGACCCGGGAGAUGUUACAGACGACCGUGUACGACUUAUUCGGAGCCGGGUUCGACACCGUGUCGGCCGUUCUGACUUGGGCUAUUCUCCUCGUGAUCUUGCACCCGGAGAUUCAGCGGGACAUACAGGAGGAGAUUGAUACAGUUAUUGGGAAGGACAUGUUACCGCAGCUGACCGACCGUGGCAAAUUACCGCUGACCGAAGCUUGCCUGUAUGAGGUGCUCCGUUUCUCCAGCGUCGUGCCCUUCACCAUUCCACACAGCACGACGCGAGAAACCCAACUGAACGGCUACCUCAUUCCCAAGGGCACUGUCAUCUUUGUCAACCUGUACUCCAUCAACCAAGACCCCAAGAUCUGGACCGGCCCUCAGGAGUUCAACCCCCGACGGUUCCUGACCGGGGACGGCCGUCUUGACCCAGAGAAAACGGCCAGCAUCUUGCCGUUCGGAGCGGGUCGACGAAGGUGCCUGGGCUCAGAGCUGGGCAGGAUUGAGAUGUUCCUGUACUUCACAACACUGAUGCAGAAAUGCAGGCUGGAAAUUCCAAAUGGGGAGAGACCGAGCACAAGUUGCAUCCCUGGACUGGCACAGCGUCCAUUACCCUACCAGAUGAGAAUCAAACUGCGAGAAAAGGGACCCUCGAACUAAUGUAUUUACAGUUCGGGGCUUUCUGAGUAUUUAACUCUAUAUGGACGUGCAAGUAAAUGUGGGUUUUUUCCAAAAGCACGCAAACGACCAUUCAAAAGAAAUUAACCUGAGCCAUACCAAAAAUGAAACAUGCAAAGGUGUUGCCCUUGUCUGUUCAUUCCUGCACCAGACGAAACCUGUGGCCGGUUGCUCUUUUUUGACUGUUUCAUUAACAUGAGAGCACCUAUUGUCAUUAUACACUACACUUGAGUAUCGUAGCGAUAUCGAGAAGGACACAGUUAAAGGCGCUGCAUACUUUCAUAAAUCUGCUUCGUUUACUUUGAUGUUAUUGUGAUAAAAAAUUUUAAUGCCAUUUUUUUCUAAUGUCACCUAACCCCAGUGUAGGUUUUUUGUUUAUCUGAAAUGUAUCCUGCAGUGAUAUUUAAAUUUCAUUUUCUAAAAUGUUCUCUUGCUUUAGUAAAUUGAGGAGCUUGAACCCUUCUUCUUUUGCCUUCUGAGGAGGUGAAUGACUUUAAGGGAUUUAAAGGUCGAAUUUAUUCGAUCCACUGCCACUCAACCAUUAAAAAUAAUGAAUUUUUUUGGUUCAGUUUUUUGUCUUUAUUUUGUUUGUUUGUUUGUUUGUUUGGUUGGUCGGUCGGUCGGUUUUGUUUCACCAAGACUGUCCUUAAGCGUUUGCCAUUAAAAAAAAAACAACUUAAUAUUGGUCUUUAAAAUUUGAGCAGUUUAACUUAUAAAGGGUUGGUUGGCUGUGGUUUCGAAGUUGUUUUGAUUGAAAUAGAAAUAUAUUCAUGCACCAAAUUUUGUAAAUUGUUGUUUGGAAAAUCCUAGAAAUAUUCUAAAAUUGUUAAUUAUCUGUUCGAGUGGUCAAGACUUGGUUGGCUUUGAUACGAAUUUGUAAACUGAAUAUUUUAAUGAACAAAACAGUUGCUGGUGUAUCGUAUUUAUAGAAACCUAUAUAUUUUGAUAACCAUUAAAGCAUAUCCAGGUAUAAAUUGAACACUUACUCUCGUUUGAACUGUCACGAAACGCUCCUUGGUUCGGCUGUACUAAACAAAGAUUUUGCUGCCCGUAUACAUUUCCGACAACUUAGUCGUUGGCCCUCCUCAUUCAAAUCCAUCCCCAAUCAACUUGCCGAGUUUUCCCGAGAGAUACAUUCGUUCAUGGUAUGUUUUGCUAACGUGCUUUCACAUCAAAUACAUGUACAUUUCGAUAAAUGCUCUAGUGUGAAGUCAUUCAAAGCCAGAAAUGUUUCGUUCGAAAUUGCAAUAAGUAUGCACAAUAAAAUGGUGAAGCACCAAAGUUAUCUUUU